CGGGUGGAUCAGGUCAGACCGGGUGGAUCUUUCGGCUUUUCGACGAGAAUGCAAAAGAAAUGUCCGCAACGGCCAACAAGCAAAGCUCUCUGACAAUACGAUACGGGUAGCUCCCCUUUUGUCUUUUAUAUCCUAAAACAACCACAACUAACUACUGUAUCUAAUUACAGUCACAAUGGCAGUCCCCAGUGCCACCACUCUUCCAAGAGGCGCAGCACCCUUGCGGGGCAAGAAGAAAGUUCGCUACGACAUUGUGGUGGGGCUGGUCCUGUUGGCCAUGGUAUCGGUCACCUACUCGAUUGUGAAACCGACCCUGCAUAUCGUGAAGGAACAGCAAGUUGCCGAACAGCCACUUCAAAAGAUUAUUGAUAAUAAACCCGUGGAAACGGUGGAUUCCGAGUUGCUGGCGAAUGAACAACUGUUUUUGGAUACCAUCAAGAGCUGUAUCCCCGGUCAGGAGGCGAAACACCAAAAGUGCGGGACAUAUAUACCUCCCGACAAUGGCGACAAACAGCGCAUUGCCGUGAUUGCGCCUCCGGGACAAAUGAGCGAGAUGUUGUGGCAUUGGAUCGAUAAGGUUCGAAAGAAACAUCAAAAGGCACUGGACAAGAUACCCAUGGAAUUCAUUCGUACCAGUCAUGUUCCACCCUACGGAUACGGCAAAACGCACGGACUCUCCAAAAUCAUCCGUCUGGUACCGCGACCGCUCGUCAUGGGGGUGGCCGAUGCACUUCAACAAAUCAUUGUCGAUGGAGAACAAAAUCAUCAUCACCAAGAAGGAGAGCAACCCCUCGCAUUACAUCAGCAGGAUAUCACACUCAACGACCUCAAGGCGGUACUACGACAAUUGAUGCGAUUUCACUGUCGUCUCAGCAAAGUGGCGGCUCAUACCGCCAUUUUCUCGGUCAACUUGAACGAUUUUAUGGAUAACAUUGAUGAAGCCACACAAAAACUAUACGAUUUUCUAAAGCAUUCACCCGACAAAAAAGUAUCCGAACAGGACGAAUUGGAUGAUAUGAUGCAACAAAUGGGCGCCAUGGAUGGAGGAAUGGACGAUGUGGGAAUGCUAUCUUCCGAAUUGGGUUUUGUCUCCAAAAUUCUGACACGCAUUCAAGCCGAAUCAUCGCAAUCGCAACUCAAGGUCCUAACAGUCUUGGAUGAGGUGUUGAGAGACGAAAUGUGGAAGACCAAAAAUAUGACCACGUGGCCUUGUGAAAGCUUCUUCUCGGUGGGGGAAGCCAAUGCACGGACCGAGUUGAGUCUCUUUGCCACCAAGAUUGGUCGAGGCUUUGCCCCCAAUUGUUCGGCUCCCUUUGCACAGUGCUGGGUCGACCGAGACAAGUGCGAAGCUGAGGGAGAUGGUGUUUGCAAAGGCAAAAAGUAAAAAACAGAAGAACUGCACUGGUAUGGGUGGCUUGUUCGAACAAAAGCGACAAUAACAAAAAGUUGGCAGGAGGGCAAACGACUUAGCAGAAAGGAAAACCACAUCCGGAGCGAGGAAGAACCUGCGACAACAGUUCCUGUGUGCAGGAAACAUGGAUGGCUCAUAUUUAUGGUCACACACAAAGAUCCAGGUAGCCAAAAGCCAUGCGGGAGCACCUUGAUGAGUGACAAUCAGCGAUACAACCAGUCACCGCAACGGCCAGACCCAGCCUGUUGCUUAGACUACUCCCUUCGACCAUGGCUUCAACUAGCGUCUUCCUUUCUGUACUGUAAGAGCGGGAAAUUAUUCCCAAUCACCAUCCCUACUUUUUGCAACAGAGGAACACCGGUACAAGAUAAAACAAAGAAAUAAUACUCUAUAGUACUGUUACUGUAGUAGGAUUGUC